UCCAUCUUUGUGUUUCCCUAUCAUCCGUUGCCUAUGAUAUAAAAGAUGGCCGUGAGACUUAGUGCUAUGAGUUUGAUGCUGGGAACUCUCCUACUUGCUCUGGCUUCCAUCUCGACUACGUCUUUAGCAGCUAGAGUUAUCGUUGGUGACUCGGCACAUUGGACCUUCGGGUAUAACUACACAGAAUGGGCGAACAAAAGUUCCCCUUUCUAUCAAAAUGAUACCUUGGUGUUCAUGUACGAUCCUCCGAACAGCACCACGUUUCCACACAGCGUGUACCUGAUGAAGAACCUGCGCAGCUUUAUUGCGUGCGACCUGAGGAAGGCGAAGCUCGUGGCCAACGUCUUGCAAGGAGGCGGCGACGGCUUCGAGUUCGUCCUAAAGAAGAGGAAGCCACACUACUUCGCGUGCGGGGAGCGCAAUGGCAUUCAUUGCAGCGUUGGGCUGAUGAAGUUUGCUGUGUUACCUCUGAGGCGUUGCCAUGGCUGAAGGAUGGAUGAUUGAGGAAGAAGAUAGUAUAUACACAGCAAUACAUCUCCUCUUUCCAAAUGAUUUUGCUGAAUAACUGAGAGGAGUGCAACACCUUUUAUGAAACCUUCUUUCGUCUUCAUUUAUAUGAAAAGGUUUAUUUUCACCGAC